GCCCCAUUUGUGCCAAGGAGUCCGUCCUGGAAGAAGUGGGUCCAAAGGAGAUGGGUACCAUUGAGUUGCCAAAGACCGCCAUGAAGUUGGCAAUGAACAAAAAGCAGGAAUUCCAGGUGCGGGUGCGAAUCCUGGAAUGCCGGCAACUGCAGGAAAACAACAUCAAGCCAGUGGUGAAGGUGUACAUCGGGGACCACGUCUUCCGGACACGAAUCAAAGCUGGGAAUAACCCUUUCUACAACGAGAUAUUUGUCAAGAACUUUAAGGACAUGCCUCUUCGACUCUUUGAUCAAUUCAUUACCAUACAGGUCCUGAACUCCAGAGCCAUAAGAGCGGAUUCACUCAUUGGAGUAUUCAAGAUUGAGAUGGGACUUGUGUACAAUUCCCCAGGCCAUGCGUUGCUCUCCAGGUGGUUGACUCUCUAUGAUCCCAACAACCUCAAUGCUGGACUAAGGGGCUACGUGAAAGUCAACCUUUGCGUCUUAGGACCUGGUGAUCGUGUGCCGGACACAGACUUUGUGGCUGAGAAGGGUGAUACAGAAGCCAUGCUUUUACGGCCAGCAGCCAUGCCGUCCGGCCGCUUGGUCACCCUCCAGCUUUACGUCUUCCAAGCCCAAGAUAUGCCUCAAAUGAAUGAAGACCUUGUGAAUUAUGGCAGAGCGGAAGACCCCACUGGAACCUCUGUAGACUCCUGUCUGGAAGUCAAUUUUGCAGGAAAAGUGCUCAGUACCAGCAUCGUGUUUGGAGAUGCCAACCCCAUCUGGAACCAGCGGAUGUCCUUUCCCAUGCUGAUGCCAUCCAUAUGUGACCUCAUAAAACUGUCCGCUAUUGAUGGGGAUAGAAGUGGAGAUGGGCAAAUUCUAGGGUUCGCCUUUCUGAGCCUCUCCCAGAUCUCUUGCAGCGGAACUGAAAUUGAGAACAAAAAGGACUUCUCAGGCUUCCAGCCAUGUUUUGGGCCAAGUUUUCUCACCUUGUAUGGGAACCCAAAGGAGUUUGUGGCCGAAGGAGAUGCUUUAGAGAACUUCAGCGUUGGGGCGGAGGAAGGGAUUGCUUACCGAGGAAGAGUUCUUGUGGAGCUGAGCAUCAAAACGGAGAAGCUUGUUGUUCCCAAAAUCGAAAACAUACCCGAAGAGUCAGUUAAAAGGAUUGAGCGCUUCUUGCCCCAGGUCCGGUACGGGCUGUGUGUCGUCUUUUACUCCGCCACCAUGUUGGCCGACAUCAAGGAACAAAUCCAAUUCGAGGUCAGCAUUGGGAACUACGGCAACAAAUUUGACGGGACAUGCAAACCCUUUGCCUCCACCACUCAGUACUGCCAUGCCGUGUUCGAUGGUAACCGCUAUUAUUACCUGCCAUGGUAUGACACCAAGCCCAUGGUGGCCAUCACGUCAUUUUGGGAGGAUGUUGGUCACCGAAUGGCUUGUAUGAACGCCAUGCAAUUCAUUCAUACAAGACUGAAGAAGAACACGGAUGCUCUCAAAGCCAUCCGCGUUCCCAAUGACUCCCUUGUGGAGGUUGCUUGGAAGAGGCUCCAGAAAGAGCUGGUGGAAGAUUGCAAACGACCACUUCCCAGCACAGGAGGCAAAGCGCCAGCCACUUUUCUCGACCUGCAGCUUCGGAAACUGCGCAUUCGGCUCCUCCACCAAGUCAGCAAGGCGGCUGACAAGACAAGUUGGAAGAAUCCAUUGAAGAAACUCAUCAGCAAAGCAGAGACCUGGCUGAGCAGGAUUGCUGUGGCCGCCACAGAGACCCAAAUCUGCAUCCCGGACGUGUUGAUUUGGAUGCUGUGUGAUGAUAACAGGGUGGCCUAUGCACGGGUGAAGUCACAUUCCAUCCUGUUCUCCAAAGCCAGUGCUCAGGCCAGAGGAAGAUUGUGUGGCAAGACCCAGACUGUCUUCAUGCAGGGUCCACAAACCAAAGAAAAACCCAAUCCCGUCCCUGCUGUGCUCCGGGUGCGAAUGUGGCUCGGCCAAAUGACUGACAGCGCCGAGUUUAUGAAAUGCUGCGAAAGCCCCAUCCUUGUCUAUGCUGAGACGUAUGAGAACCAAAAGAAGACCCAUGGCAUUUGGGGGACCAGGGACUUGUUGCCCCAUCCCAACUUUUCGGAUGUCACUGGACAAAUCAGUCUCCCUAGAGACAAGUUCCAGCCACCACUCGGUUGGAAGUGGGAUGGAGAAUGGGCUGUGGAGCCCCAAAGAAGAUUGUUGUUGGACAAAGAGACAAAUCUCUCUGAAGUGUUGGUGGAGGUCUAUGAAAACCAAAGUCGGGAGCCCAGGCAGCCGUGGAGCCCGGCCUCCAUCCCAUUCAGUAACGCAAGUGGGAUUCCUUUGCCCCCAAAAGAAGAUAUUGAGUGCCCCAAAGGAUGGAGCUUUGUGGAAGAGUGGAAAGUGGAGCUGAACCGGGCCGUGGAUGAUGCCGGGUGGGAAUAUGGGGUUGGUAUCCCACCAGCCGAGUUUCCUCGCACCUGGAACAUGACUGAAAAGACCUACCACACUCACCGGCGUCGGCGCUGGCUCCGCAAACGCUGCCGAGACUUGAACAAAGAGACGCAGGAGAACAAAAUGAUGGCUUUCCUUCGGCUGCACUCAGAUACCAAGGUGAAACCGGAAACAUGGGAAUAUGCACCCUUGGUGGGUUGGCGGUUCCACCUGCAGCAGCUUCCUGGUGACGUGUUUCGGCGGAGAUGUUGGCGAAGGAAACUCGUCCCUGUAGCACCCAGCCAUGGGGCCCCUAUCUUCCACUUGGAGGGCUCACUGGGUGUGGAAGUAGAGGAGGAAGGGAAAAAGAGAAAAGGGGAAGCCGAGAAGAAAGACGAGAAGAAAGAGGGGAAAGAAGUUGAGAAACAGCCCUCUCAGAGCCUCUUGAAGAUGAACACGCCUCUCCUUUACUGCAUUUUCAAAAGUCCUGUCUAUUUCCAGUUACGGUGCUACAUUUACCAAGCACGGGAUCUUGUAGGAGCUUCCACCAAGAGCUCUGCAGAUCCAGUGGCCCACAUUUCCUUCGUUCACACAAGUCAAUGCACCAAGACUGUCCAUGGCACGCUGCAUCCAUUAUGGGACCAGACUCUCAUCUUUGACAACAUCUUGAUCUAUGGAGAUCCGCGGGCAACCGAGGAGGAUCCACCAGUGGUGGCCGUUGAAAUCGUGGAUGCCGACCCUACGGGCCGUUCUGAGCAUUUCAUAGGGAGGUGUCUGAGUAUUCCCAGGGUGUAUUUGGACCUCAGUUUGCGGAGAAUGCCCCGUCUGCAGAAGCUUCGGAUCACAAAGGAACAGACAGAGGCUGGUGAGCUCUUGGCUGCUUUUGAGCUUCUGUUGGACAAGAAGGAUGGGUCCCUGGGAAAACACCCUCCUCCUGCCUGGAAGGAUGGCCUAUACACCAUUCCCAAAGAGAUCCGUCCCAUCCUGAGACUGAUGGCUGUUGAGAUCCUGGCCUGGGGCUUGCGAGACAUGAAAAACUACAAUCUCCUGGUCAUCAACAACCCAAGCCUCAUUGUCGAAUGUGGAAUGGAAAGUCUUCAAACCCCAAUAAUCAAGAACUUCCAGGAGAACCCCAACUUUCCCAUUAACAUUUAUCUCAUGAAAGUGUACCUGCCUGUGGAUGAAGACUAUGCACCUCCCAUUGAGCUGAAGGUGAUCGACCACAGAGAGUUUGGAUUUAAGCCGGUGGUGGGCCACGUCAGUGUGCAGCCCCUGCGCCAGUACUACUGUGACCCCUGGGCAGAAAAGAAGGUCCACAAUCUACCUCUCAGAGGUAUCAACUACCUUAUAACUUCCCUAUUAGGCCUUAAAGGGGGAUUCAGUCAAGAUUUCUUGAUAGGGCUUGAAUUAGGACUGAAGUUUUUCUUCAAGCCAUGGUUAUGGAAGAAGCGCAAAGAAGAGAGGUACAUAGAAGAUGAGGAAGAGGAGGAAGUGGACUGGUGGAGCAAGUUCUACGUCACAACGGGCGACUUGGCAAAGAGUGGGAACUACCUAAAGUGGGGCUUUGAUACGGUGAAGAUCUACAACUGUGAACUUGAAGAAGUACCAGAGUUUCAAGGCUUCCAGGAUUUCUGCCAGACCUUCAUACUGUAUCGAGAAACGGUCACAGUUGAGGACCCCGUAAUUGGAGGAGAAUUCAAGGGUCUCUUCCGAAUCUAUCCCAUAUCAGAAGACCCCAACAUCCCGCCGCCUCCGCGCCAGUUCCAGGAGCUUCCCCAAAACGUGUGCCAGAUGUGCCUAGUUCGGGUCUAUAUCAUCCGAGCCCUUAACCUCCAGCCGAAGGACAGAAACGGCCUGUGUGAUCCCUAUGUCUGGAUCAAGAUUGGGAAGAAGAACGUUGGUGAAAGAAAUGAUUAUAUCCCCAACACCUUGGAGCCUGUCUUUGGGAGGAUGUAUGAACUCAUGUGCUGCAUCCCAUUAGAGAAGGACUUGAAGGUCUGCCUUUUCGACUUUGAUGUCUUCCCGCCAGACGACGCCAUUGGAGAAACCACCAUCGACUUGGAAAACCGUCUCUACUCUCGCUUCGGGGCCAACUGUGGGCUGCCCCAGACCUUCUGUGUGGCCGGUCCCACUCAGUGGAGAGACCAGCUUCUCCCCACGGAGCUCCUAGCCAAUUAUACACGAACCAAAGACUUGCCUCCGGCAGAGAUAACCGAAGAUGGGAGCGAAGCCAUUUUCUUGGGCAGGACCUACCAGCUGGCUGACUUUGAGACCCAGCCGCCUUUGCAUGACUACCUGGGGCCUGCCAAAGAGCGCCUUGCCCUCUAUCUGCUCCGUACCUGUGGACUGGUGCCGGAACACAUUGAGACGCGCACCCUUUACAGUGCAGCCCAUCCAGGGAUCGACCAGGGCAAGGUGCAGAUGUGGGUGGACAUCUUCCCAGAGAGCUUAGGUGAGCCAGGACCUCCUUUUGAUAUCAUCCCAAGGCAGCCAAAUAAGUAUGAACUGCGUGUCAUCAUCUGGAACACCAAAGACGUGGACUUGGAAGACACCAAUAUUUUUGGAGACAGGAUGAGUGAUAUUUAUGUCAAAGGGUGGCUGGAUGGCUUGGAAGAGGACAUGCAGAAGACAGAUGUCCAUUACAGGUCUCUAUCGGGAGAAGGCAACUUCAACUGGCGCUUUGUCUUCCACAUGGAUUACCUUCCCAUGGAGCAGGUCUUGGUCCUCAGCAAGAAGCAACACUUUUGGAGCCUGGAUGAGACCAUGGAGAAAGUGCCACCCAAGUUGAUCAUCCAGAUCUGGGACAACGACAAAUUUUCAGUGGAUGAUUUUUUAGGCAUCCUGGAGCUGAACUUGACCAACAUGCCUCGACCGGCCAAACGGCCCCGGGACUGUACCAUCAAAAUGCUGAUGGAGGAUGCCGCUCCCUCCUCCAAGCCUUUUUUGAAGCGCAAGAAACAGCAACACAUUUCCAUAUUCACUCAGAGGAACACAAGGGGCUGGUGGCCCUGCAUCAUCAUCGAGAAGGACAAACCACGCGUUUCGGGCAAAGUGGAAAUGACUCUGGAAUUGCUGACCGAGUUUGAGGCUGAAGAACGACCAGCUGGCAGAGGAAGAGAAGAGCCAAACAUGAAUCCAGUCCUGACUCCACCAGAGAGGCCAGAGACCUCUUUCCUGUGGUUCACCGCCCCCUUGAAGAGCGUACACUUCCUCAUCUGGCAGAAAAGCAAGUGGAAACUCCUCAUUUUCUUUUGCUGCAUCUUGGUGUUCUUCCUUUUCGCUUCCUUCAUCUAUUCAGCUCCCGGCUACUUGGCAAUGAAGCUGAUUCAGCCCAUGUCAGGCACAAGCAAAGUUGAAGUAAAACUGGCACCCAACUAUCUGCCACCAUCAGCUGCCCCACAAGUGCCACCUGCUCCCAUCGAGACAACAACAGCCCAGCAACCACCACAAGCUCCCCCAGAAACAACAUCGCCAAAGCCAGCUCACAGGAAGCAGCCAGGAACCCGGAGGAAACAGCCACCGGCUUCCAAGAAACCACCACGGGCUUCCAAGAAACCGCCACCAGCUUUCAGGAAGCAGCCUCCAGCUUCCAAGAAGCCACGACCAACUUCCAAGAAGCCACGACCAACUUCCAAGAAGUCUCCAUCGGUUUCCAAGAAACCUCCUCAAGCUCCCAAGAAGCCAUUAACUCCCAAGAGGAAACGGCCCACAUCCAAGAAAAGCCACCAAUCCCCACCAAAAGCCAAACCUCUUCCCUCCCCGUAGCAGAUGCCAGUAACUUUACCAAUACUGUUGGUCUGAUUUAUCCUGGAGUGAUGUCUCCCACCUCCUGUUUUGGUUUCCCAGUAACUUGCAGAAAAGGGAUCCAGCUGGUCUUCAAUGGUGCCUCCUUUCAAAUCUCCUUGCCUUCCAGCCAUGAUUGAUGUCUUCAGAUUGCAACUAUAGGAUUAUGGCAUUCUAGACAAAGCUGGAUAAGUGGGAACAAUCAGCCAA